AUUAAUUUGAUGUUGUACAGAACGGUACAAUUCUGACCCAUUCAGCAGAUCUUAAAAUAUUUGAGAGAGGUACUGUUGUCCGGCUGCUGAGACUGCGUUGUUGAGUAAGUCGCUGACACUGCCCUUUGUCCGAUAUCGCGAGAUGAUGGCUGGUUACACAUGGGAACAAUAUCUCGAAUUCAUCAACGGUGUCCCUCCAGAUCAACAGGAGAUCGAUUUCUUCUCCUCAGUCGGCUGGGUGCGGCCAUAUCUUCAAGUGUCCAGCCCGUUCACGCCUAUUCCAUUCUUCUCCCGCUUCGAAAAGGGAAACAGUAACGACCGGUUCUUCAACAAAAUCAUCAAUACCCCUGGUACAAUAUCAAAUGCACUUGGGUUGGUUAGGAAGGAAAAUGAUUGGGCGACGCGAUUUGCAGUGGCCACGAACAACGGAAAUGCAGGGACAUCUCAAAAACAAAAGGAACCAGACUUCAUUCUCCUCGCUCAUUUGGGCACGGAUUUGAGUGGUUUCACCGACACUGCGCAUGGCGGCGUUCUGGGUGCCCUGUUUGACGAAGCGAUGAGCUGCUGCGCGGAAUUGUUCCGACAGGCGUCCGAUAGGAAAAGUCAAUUGUUCACGGCUAAUUUGAGUGUGUCGUAUCGUGCACCGGUGGAUGUCCCCGCCGUGGUGAUGAUCCGGAUAUGGUUGGAACGCCGCGAUGGAAGAAAAUGGUUCCUGCGCGGCAAGUUGACGGGCGAGGACGGCGCCGUGAAAGCAGAAGCCGAGGCCCUGUGGAUCAGUGCAAAGACCAAAGAAAAUCUAUAACAUCAUCGGCGCUACGAAGCAAGCGUAUCAUUGUGACCAAACAAAAAG